AUGCAGAGCUAUCCUGGCUCGCCGGACAGACUGGAGCAAGGUCUGAAGGGAGCAGGUAAGGGAGGGGAGGAGGUGGAUCCGUGGAGUGCUUUUCUGCAACAGCAGCAGCUUAGACAGCAACAGCAAGCGAGACCUCAGCAGCCUUUGCCAGUUGGAGUGCAGAGACAAGCGUCAGGUGUGGUCGGACAGGGCACAGGAAGUGAUAUCUCGAGUCUUGGAGAGUCGUUUAGAAAUCACGUGCCAGUGCCACCACAGCCUGCUCCAGCAGUUGUUAACCCAGUCCCUUGCAACGCGUGCAGUGCUCAAGUUGUUGGAAGUGUUCCGCAGCAGGGUGCCGUUCAAAGUGAUCUCUUGAGAGAGAUGCAAGUGCUUAUCUCGCGUAUGUCGCCUCAGCAGGCACAGGCAGCACAGACGGUGCUGAACGAACAGCUGAUGUAUCAAGCUAGGGGUGUUCCAGAUCGGUUUGGUGAAAGGCCGGUACAUCCUGAUGCUCGUCAGGGUCAGUUUGCUCCAGGAGCGCCUACAGGGGUGUUGCCUUGUCAGGCUUACCAGUUGCCACAAAUGAACCAGCAGAGCUUUGAGAGUCGAGACGCCUUCUCUAGAGCGGACAAGUGGCUAGGUCAACCACCAAGUGCCGGUGUUGAAAAGUGGACGUCUAGAGAAGUGGAGAUUGCUGGGUUUUCCGACUACAUUGUUGCCCUUCAGUCGUGGGCAGCAUUGGCCAGCAUGACGUUUACUGAAGAGAUCUCUUGUGCUGUUAAGUGGCCUGAAGUCAUUUGGCAGCAGACGUUGUCUGAAGACCAGAAGGUGAGAUCAGUGAGGCUGUUCGGGAUCUUGAGAACUGCUUUUGCGGGGCACGCGCGCGCAAUGCUCAUGAUACAAGCGUUUGGUGAAGGGUUGCCGCUUGAUAACUCUGUCGCCGAUCCCGUGAGAUUUCUAGGAAACACCUCAUGUGAUUUUGAGUUGCUGCGUCAGCUUGGUCAACAGUUUUCUUUGAGAUCAAGGGCAGAAGCGCUGUCCAUGAGAUUUGAGCUGUUGGGACGCAUCUUCUCGAUGAAGAGCAGUGAAAUGAGUGCAGCGACGGUUGUAGGAGAUGUGAUCCGGAAGCUUGACAUUGAAGGAGCACGUUUUUCGAAGCCUUUAGGAACACUGCCAUCGCAUCUGGACAGGCAAGGCUUGAGCAUUGGUGACGGAGACAUGUUAGUGAUUCCUUUGCGUAGUCUGCCUGAAGAAGCGAAGAAGCAUGUGUUGCAUCACUCAGCUGCAGAUACCUAUCAGACCGCACGUCUUUCUGCUUUAAAGUACGAACAGCAACAGCGAUUUGAGCUUUUUGAUUUGACCAAGAGUGAUGGUGAUGAUCAGUAUGACAAAGCUUGGUAUGACAACGGUGAUGAUUGGUAUCAGUGGGAUGGCUCGUGGAGCAUCGCCGCUGUGAAUGAGGUCAAGUGUUUUGCCUGUGACGAGUAUGGGCAUGUGAGCCACAAUUGUAAGAAAGGGAAGAUGUAUGAACUGGUUGAGGAGUCCAAGGAAAGCAAUGAGGGAGGUCUUGACGACGCGACUUGGGCCGACGACUCCUGGCAUGAAGGCUGGGAUCAGUGGGAUAGCAGUGCAGGUCACGAGGCCUGGGGUAGCGCGGUCGCUGAGACUUCGAAGGAGAGCAAGCCAGUUGAAAACCUACAGUUGAGUGCUGUGAUCUUUGCGCCGUUGCUUGUAAAUGAGAUCCUAGAGGACCCACAGGACUGCGAGUGGUGGUUGCUUGACAGCGGGGCUGGAGUUUCUGUGUUGAGUGAGAGUGCUGCUGCGUGGUUUGGGAUAGAUGUUGGUGAGCUCAGGAGCUCGCGAGUGCAGCAGGGAUUCUCAGCGGCCAACGGUAGUCCGGUGAAGAUGCUUGCUGAGAGAACCAUACGAGUUGAGAUUUUUCUUGAGUUGCCUGAUGGUACCAGUGAUUGGCGUGAAGCAAGCAUGAAUGUUUGGAUUGGCGACACAAAUCACAACAUCAUUUCCACGACCAUGCUGUGUCACCGUGGUUGGACCUUUUCUCAAUCGAGGGAGGGCAUCCACCUUGCGUCUGCUUCAGGCGCGUGUGCUAAGGAGAUCGUGCUUUUCUGUAAUGUGCCCUGGGUGCGUUUGAGACCCGUGGUGCAUCCGGAGUCGCCUGAGGGCGAGCUGUGUUUGGCGCCAUUGACGCCUCAGGUCCCACUUGUCAUACUCCAUAUCACCCUGGGUGCAAGCACUGUAGUUGCUGAUUUCUUCUUUCUCUCGAGUACUGGCGAGGAGAGACGAGAGGUCAGAUCGGACAACUUGCGUGUGCUUGUGAUGGUGGAACGGAUGUCGUCCAUGAUAGGAGCCAUCGUCACGUCUGACAACCUAGUUGCUAGCAGGACCGACAUUGUGAGGUGGCUUCGUGAGUUUGGGCUUGAGUCGGGCACAUGUUCAAUCCUUAUGUUGACAGACGCAGAAGAAGCCGUGUCGGACUUGGUGGCCGGCGCCUCCGAUGAGUUUGUGUUUCAGGUCAGGAAAGCAGGUCCUCAGUGUCACGAGUCGAUUGGUGUGGCCGAGCGCGGAGUAAGGAAGAUUAAAGAGUCAUUGCAAACAUUGCGUAGUGACUUGAAUCAUGAAGGCUUGGACAUCUGCUUCAAUCACGUCGGUUUCAGUGCUGCUCUUACGUAUCUUUGCGGUAGCUUGAACAGGUUCUCGAAGGCUCAUGGGUCGGAACUUGCACCAUGUGACAUGCCUUUGCAGAGACCUACCCCCAAGGGCGCCUUCACUCUGUUUAGCGCUACGGUCUUAGCCGAGCUGCCGCAGUCGAUAAAAGAUCUGGGACCGAACCUACCCCGGUUCACGGAGGCUGCCUUCCUCUACCCGGUGCUAGGGUCCCAGGCCAUUCGUGUUGCUGCGCUGAUUCGACUUGAGGGCAGGUUGGAACUAAAGGUCUUUAACGCAAAAUCUGUGAAGGUGACGGUUCCACUAACUUGGCGGCUUGAGCUCGUGGAAGGAGUGAUUGCUCCCAUUGGUGGCGGACCCAGAGUCCCUCCUGUUCUUGAGCAUCGUGAAGUGCUUGAUCCUCCUGUGUCAGUCCGUGGGCCUGCAUCGGGGCCACCUGUUGAGUGGCUGCGGCGUCAUGGGUACACGGCUCGAUGCCCAGCGUGCUCUAAUCUUCAAGCUGGCCGACGGGCAGGUCAGAAGCACGGUCGGACUUGCCAGCAGAGGUACGCUCACUGGCUUCGGGAGUCAGUCGCUGGUGACGGUGCGGCCGUUGCUGAGGAUAGAGCUCGAGUUGUGUCCGCGGAUCCGAUUGCGGCACCCGACCAAUCUGGUCAGGAGAUGGCCGUAGAUGUUGGUGACCCGAGCGUUCCAGUGCAUCAGGCCUUGACCGUUCAAUGGAGCGAAGGCUCCACAGGGCUUCAGUUGGGAUCUUCAGCUGGGCAUGCCAGCUUUGGUGGUGGCUCCGAGUCACGAGGAGUGAAGCGCAUGUCUGAUGUUGAGGUUGUUGAUCUUGAGAACGAGAUUCGUGAUUCAGGCCCCAGCGUUCCGCGGAUGAUCGAGGGAAUUAUGUGGGCGUCUGACGCUCAUGAGCCUGUUGUCUUGAAUGAAGUUGUAACUCGUCCUGAGGUAUUCGAUGAAGGGAUCAACAGCAUCAGGUAUGAGUCAUCUUCUGGUAAUGCCGCUAAGCCGAAGUUUGAGAGUGUUCCACUUGGGGGGACACGGGUGCACUUGUGGUGCCCUGACGGCGGCAUUGAUGAUAGCACGCUUGAAGAGCUUCCGGGAGAUUUGGUGUUUGCUGGCAUGAAGGAGGAAAUCUGCAAUUUGGAGAAUUGCCGCACAGGCCGCAUUAUCGGUUCUGAGGAAGUUGAUGCGCUGAAGCGGAAACAUCCGGGAAUGUGUGUGAUCCAAUCCAGGUGGGUCUGCGCUCGUAAGAAUGCUCAGCGAGUUCGCAGCAGGAUCGUUGCAAAGGACAUAGCCAAUGGGUCUGCACGCAAACAGGGUUUCAGUAGUCCCACUCCGAGUCUUGACUCGCUUAUGCUAGCACUGAUCAUGCUUGCCACGCGUGAUAUGCGAGGAUGCGGUGCGGACAUUGGCCAUGCGUUCAUGAACAGUCCGUUAGAAGCUAAGACUCCUGUCAUUCUGAAGUUGCCAUUGUCUGUGUCAUUGUCUAAUGGACUUCCUGCGUUUUUCUUCUUGUAUUGCGCUUUGAAUGGUCUUAGGGAAGCUUCGUUGGCAUGGUUACGGCUUCUGACUGGCCUUAUACGGCCACUUGGACUUAACAGCUGUGAACGCGAGCCGUGCCUAUUCACUGGAUGGGUGAGCACAAAGGUGCGUGAGACCGCACAUGGUGGGCGAGCCAUCGUGAUUGCCUAUGUGGAUGAUUUGUUGAUCAUCACUGAUGAUGAGCUUGUUGAACAGGCCAUUCUCAGUGCCAUCUCGAAGCGGUUGCAUGUGAAGAUCACAGGAAGGAUCUUUCCCUCGAGCGCCGGAGGUGGGAGCCUCACCUUCCUCGGUAGAUGCAUCCGUAGAUGGCCAGGUUCUUCUGUGAUUGAGUUGAGCAUCGACAAGCAGUGCUUAGAACCAUGUUUUAGCGCCUACGGGAUCACGAAGGGUUCACAAGCGGUGCCUGAUGUUGCCAGUUUGCUUGAGAAAUCCGGUCCAGAACUCACACCGGAAGCAUAUUCGCGCUUUAGGCGAGCAUUGGGCCGGCUGUUAUGGUAUGCUCAGACGAGGCAGGACAUUAAGUUGAUGCUCACCUUGAUUGCCACACAACAGAGCAAGCCUACUUCAGCCACUGAGUCUGCUUUGCGUGCUGUCCUUCGGUUCCUAAAGGGCGACGAGUACAUAAUCCAUCAGAUUCCUUCGGCGAGCUUGGAUCCUGAGUUCUUGAACUGCUCACGCGAUGAGCUGCUGACGCGGGUACAUGUAUUCGCGGACGCCUCAUAUGCUCCAUAUCGCUUCCUUGAGCGGAGGGGCAUCACUGGAGGAGCAAUCACCUUUGCAGGGAGUGCUGUGAGAUUAGUUGCCAAAACACAAAGCGUAGUCUGUUUGUCGUCCUGCGAGUCGGAGUUGCACGCCUUGCAACUCAUGGCCCAAGAAUGUGUCGCAUUCAUGUUCAGCGUGAAUCGGGUAUUGGCGAGUUUUGGCGAGGCAUCUCUUCGGUAUGAUGUCCAAUUGGACACUCGGGAGGAUGAGGACUCCCAUGAUCCUGAUCAGGAGUCUGUAGCUGAGAUCUUGACAGACUCACAGUCGGCAGUCGACCUCCUCAAGGGGGAAGAUCUGCCUCGGCGGAGUCGACAUAUUGAGAUCCGCAUAGCCUGGCUCCGGGAGCACCUAAGGUCUGGCCGCAUCCAGCUCAGGUGGCUGCGGGGUACUGUCAAUCCAGCUGAUCUUUUGACGAAGUGUUUGCCAACUAGAAUGCAUGUGCUUCAUCGUGAGCGCUUGGGGUUCGUUGCCGAGACCGGACAUGCUAGCGCCUUAUUUGCCCUUGCUCAGCUGCAUGUACAACAUGAGAACAAGACCGGAAGUUCUGUAGCUUUGCUUGAGGUCUGCUGUAGUGCCGAUUCCGAGUUGUCGAGGGCGUGCUGUGAGCUUCGGAUCCCAUAUGUUGGCAUCACGGCGAAUGCGGAAACGACUCGUGUGUUUGAGCAAGCUGCUAGGUACGUCAGUGAGUGGAAGCUGAGUGGGCUUUGGGUUCAUGUGCACACUUCCACACCAUGUGCACCUGGAUCACCGCUGAAGCGAUUCAGUGAAUCGAAGACCGAAGCCGACUUUGCGUGGGAGCCUCUUUGCAAGUACGCCUUGAAGUAUCUUCAGCUUGGUGAUGGUAGAUCGUUUGAGUUGCCGUACUUCAACGAUCUUUGGAAAAGACAUGGAACACAGAAACUGUUGACGGAUGCUUGCUUGAUUUUUCACGUGCAGGUGCAUCUGUGUGCGACGGGCAUGAUGUCAAACUCCGGCCUGCCGAUUGGAAAGCAGCUGUGUUUUGCGUGCUCGCAUGAGGUCUUCAGUCGAAAGCUGCGUGAGUUGUUUGGCACAUGUCGUUGCAGUGCGCAUGCCAGCUUUGCAGACACUGACUACACGUCAACAGCCCAAUCUCCUUUUGAAGCUAUGGCCUACACCUUGGCUUCCUCCUGGGACGUUGAAGCGAUGGGGAGUGUAAUUCAGGGCGUUAUGGGGCCGAGCUUCAGCACCGACCCCUUCUGGAUUAUGAUGAUGGCUAUUUUCGUGAAUGGUUUACUGCUGGGUUUGCUAGCGGCUACUUGGUUUUAUUUGGUGGCUUCAAAGACUAUGAGACAUCAUGAUCCAUUUGCUGGUCGUCACGGCUUUACUGCUGAGAUGGCUACUGGGGAACGUUUUGCACAGGAUGAUCCUGGAAAGACUUCGAAAAGAGAGUCCGGGAAUACUCCGAAAUCCAGCGCCGGUGAACCGAGCGCCAAUCCUACGAGUGCACCACGAUUCGUCAAUGAUCAUGGUGAUGUGAUUCUGGAAGGUUCAAAGGAGAACCAGUUCUGGAGGACGCGUCAUCAACGACCUAUUUUUAUUUUCGGGGAGGAUUCCGUUACGUUCCAUGACCAUGGGAAUGCCAAUUGCAGCACUCAGCAGGGCAUGGUUGGAAGAGAGCUUCUGCCGUGUGGAUGCUGCAAGCCCGAGUUGGGACAUGAUGAGCUGGCUACCUUUGGUCACCGUGUGCUUCGUGCAUGGUGCGACAUCUGGAGUGAGAAAGCUGGUAAACGUGUUGGGUCAUUUGGCAACACACUGCGCCACCUCCUUUAUGAGUGUGAGCGUGUGCCCGGCGCCCUCAUGCCCUCUGGCUGGUUGCUCUCCUUUAGGCGCCGCCACCCCGACGAGUGCCUUUGGCUGCGUGGGAUUAAACCCCUCGCGCCCCGCGCUCCCCUCGCCCACGAGGCUGAGGUUCGCCGCACCGGCCUCUUCCUCCAGGGCACUCCUGACUUGACAGGGCUUUUCGUUGCUACGGACGCGUCAGGCGGCCCAGCUACGAGGGACAGUCGCCUUCGCUCGGUCGGCUGGGCCAUCGUAGUCGCUAGCCGGCACCAGGACGACCUCAAUAUCCUUGGCACUAUGACAGGGCUUUUGCCAGCGCCGGCCACCGUGCCGGAGGGAGAGAGCGAGGCAAUUGCCCAGGCUCUUCUCUCCACCCGCGGCACCUUUGACCUCACUUGCGACUGCCGCCCCGCCAUCCGCAGCCUCCAAGGCACUUUCACCAAGCGUACCCCGCUUGUGUGGUCCAAGGCGUGGGACCAUAGGCACAGGGUCGAUCCACACUGGGCUGAGGUCGCAGAGCUUGCCUCGGGCUCUACACCCACUGAGCCGGUCACGGGGCUGCAGGGUCCGCCUCGAAUGGCUACUGGCCAGCCCUUUGCGGUGACGGCCUUCGGCCAGCCUCCGGAGACCCCUCAUCCACACCCCGUCCCGGAGCUUUCCCUUGCUCCGGAUAAUCCCCUGGAGCCAGCCUCUGCGGAGGCCCUGACUUCCAUCCGGGUCUUCCCGAUGACGAGGCACGUUCGGCUCACCACGGCAUACGUUGCCAAACGCCGCCGUGAAAUGGCGGCCGCCGAAGCUGCCAAAGCCAAGGGGCCCCAGCCCUAG